UCACGAAAACGUUUCCGCAUGUUCAUCCAAUGAUCGUUUACGAUGUUAGCGAAGUGAAUUCCUUUGACGAAUCAGAGAGGCUGAUGCUCCCGCUCACAGCGCAGCAACGAAGUCCACUUUACUUCUCGGGGAAACUAUGCGGUGGCGGACGUAAAUGGCUUUUUGAAUGUUUUUGAACGUACCCAGCGCUGCUUUAGCUGUUUCUAGAAGCGAGUGGAGUCCUUUCCGUGCACGGCUAUUGACUGCGGUUGGUGCACAGCCAGCGAAGCCGGAGCCAUGCCCGUCCCCGCUGGAUACCUCAGCGACUCCCCCGCGGCCUUCACUUCCUCGGUCUCGCUUAUCCCGCCGCCGCCGAUAAACACCCAGCAGCCGGGCGUCGUCACCUCGCUCCUGUACAGCGGCUCCAAAUUCAGGGGCCACCAGAAGAGCAAAGGGAACUCUUACGACGUGGAGGUUGUUUUGCAGCAUGUCACCAUGGAGGAUUCCUACUUGUGUGGCUACCUGAAGAUAAAAGGAUUGACAGAAGAAUAUCCAACACUGACGACGUUUUUCGCUGGAGAAAUCAUCAGCAGGAAGCGCCCGUUUCUCACUCGAAAGUGGGACGCAGAUGAAGAUGUGGAUCGUAAACACUGGGGGAAGUUCCAGGCCUUUUACCAGUACGCAAAGACUUUCAACACUGAUGAGUUCGACUAUGAGGAUCUGAAGAACUCUGAUUAUAUCUUCAUGAGGUGGAAAGAGCAGUUUCUGGUUCCUGACCACACCAUCAAAGACAUCAGCGGUGCUUCCUUUGCCGGCUUCUACUACAUCUGCUUCCAGAAGUCCACAGCAACAAUCGAGGGCUAUUACUACCACAGGAGCUCCGAAUGGUACCAGUCCUUAAACCUCACUCAUGUUCCUGAGCACAGUGCAGCCAUCUAUGAGUUCCGGUGACCGCCGUCACCUUCCAGGAUCUUUCUAUUGAUGGAAAAGCAGAAGGUCUGCAGAUGUUGCUGAGAAGAAAAAGGACACCAACCUGCAACACCAGAGUGACGCUUGGGACACCUGCAAACGCUCACGUUUUCUAAAUGAGCAUAGUGAAUGUAUGGAUGCAAGCAGAAGAGGUGGGAUGUGCUUUUGUGCUUUCCAGAAGCGGCUCCUGAAGCAGGAACCAGCAGCAUAGACUGGGUGUGGUUCCUGUAGAGUUCCCCUUCAUUUGUUUUAAGGUCUGGUUUUAAAACGCUUGGCUUCGUUUAUCCAGACACUUUCUAAGCCUUGGUGGGAUUCCUCCCUUCCUGGUUUGCCAAUAGGAACAAUUCCAGCUUUGCACACAUUGAACUGCUGUUGGACAAGGAUUCUUCUGAGGAGUCCGCUCCGAUUCUGGACAGAAACCAGCUAGUCUGACUGGAGGAGAAGCAGGACAGAAGUCCAUGGAAAAGUGACAGAGUAUUUUUAAGCUAAGGUUGUUGGUCUGCCAAGAGAAUAUUUUCAUAUUUUACUGAUUGAGCAGCGAGUGGCACUUUUAAAAACAUUAGGUACAAUCUGGGAGAUUCCUUAAAUGAGCUUUUCUCCGUUUUCAUACAGCUGCUUUUGGAGAUUCUUCUCAUAUAGGAUUGUUGUGGAUUUUCUUCUGUUUCUUCUGAGUUUCCUGUACAUGUGUUACUAUAAUGCUUACAGUUAGGGUUUUAAAGCAGGUCAGGUUUAUAACAGUGACGUUUCGAGCCAAAACAAUCUGAUAAAAGUAUUAAAAGGAGGGAAUUUUACAGUCAGCAUUAAACUAAGAGCAUUUGGUUGAUUUCCUCCUUACUACAUUUAUCCUUCCUCAGCUAUGCAACACUUUAGAGAAAGCAAACAUUAGAGGUGAAGUUUUAUUCUAUUCCUAUAAUAUAUAAAAAGAUGUAUCUUCAUUAAAGAGACUAUUUUUGUUAAACUGUCUGUUAACAAACCCCCUCCCUGAUCAUGUUUCUCUUCCUUGUGAUGGUGCCAUGGUGUUCACAGCUUGCCACGCCUGCAGCGUGACACAUCUGAGGGCUGUUUGGGAUUUAAGGUUGGAGUGACUGUAAAGAGUGAACAAAGAAACAAUUCAAAACAUC